AUGCCGUUCUCACUUCCGUCUUCAUCUCAUCUCAACAAACAACUCCCUCUCACAAACAGCAACCUCGUUGUCCAACGACCGCGGCCUCCGUCGUCAGUCGACACCUCGGUCGCACUCACUACAACGAGCGCCUUCUUCUUCCCCGUCGCUGACCACGACGGCCACGGCCACGCGCACAACUACACGCAGCUCCUGCUGCCCACGCAAACCGCGACCUUCACCCAGCCGCCGCAACCGCAACCGCAACCGCCGCCGCCACCACAGCAGCAGGAGCAGAAGCCCAGCAUGCCUCGACGCGCUGCUCCGGAACCCAAGCCGCGCAAGCCGCAGUACUCCCCGGAGAAGCGCGCGCGCAUCGCCGUCCUCUCGGAGCUGGGCAUGUCGCUCAAGGAGAUCUCCAUCAAGGAGGACGUCCCCGUGUCCUCCAUCAAGGGCAUCGUCACGCGCUACCGCCUCCAGCAGGCCGGCCGUGACCGCCCCCGCCCCGGACGCCCGCGCAUCCUCUCCGACCGCGACGUCAAGACCGUCCUGCGCGUCCUCAAGGAGAAGCCCGACAUCUCGUACGCCGAGCUGAAGCGCGACGCCAACCUCACCUGCGCCACCAAGACCCUCGUGCGCUAUCUGCAGAUGGAGGGCAUCAAGCCCAACAAGCCGCCCCCGGGCGACUCCGAGGAGGAGGCCUCGAGGAUGCGCGUGCUGGCUGAGCCUGAGCCUGCCGACGAGGAGUGA